AUGGCUCAGCUAUUGUCUCCAGUAUACACAGAACCUCUCAAAAUCCACAAUCCGUCACUGAAUUUGUGUCACAGAACCUCAUGGCAGAUGCUGCAGAAAUCUCCAACUAGUCCUUGGAAUUUCGCAACACGAAGUUCCAAACGAAGAGGCUUUGGUAGGGUUAAAGUUGCUACUGAUCAGGAUUCAUUUUCUACCAGUGACACUGUUGGAGCUGAAGACUAUUAUGCAGUUUUGGGUCUGCUUCCAGAUGCAACACCAGAGCAGAUCAAGAAGGCGUACUACAAUUGUAUGAAAACUUGCCAUCCAGAUUUGAGUGGGAAUGAUCCUGAGACGACGAAUUUCUGCACCUUCAUCAAUGAAGUCUAUGAGGUGCUCAGUGAUCCAGUUCAGCGCAGGGUUUACGAUGAUAUUCACGGGUAUUCUUUGACAUCGAUUAAUCCUUUCGAGGAUGAUUCUAGUCCAAAGGAUCAUGUUUUUGUCGAUGAGUUCAGCUGCAUAGGCUGCAAAAACUGUGCCAAUGUUGCCUGCGAUGUAUUUGCAAUUGAGGAAGACUUUGGAAGAGCCAGAGUAUACAGUCAGUGCGGGAACCCGGAUUUAAUUCAACAGGCUAUUGAUAGUUGCCCUGUUGACUGCAUUCAUUGGACAUCAGCUGCACAACUAUCAUUACUUGAAGACGAAAUGCGCCGCAUAGAAAGAGUCAAUGUUGCUCUGAUGCUUUCAGGAAUGGGAUCAGCUAUAAGUGAUGUUUUCAGAAUGGCGAAUACCCGAUGGGAGAAAAGGCAGUUAAACUUCUUGGCACAAGCAAGAAUGAGAAUGAUGAAGCAGAAAGGUUAUGACAAAGCAAAUUCCUACUGGGACAAUCUUCGUGGAAAACCAAGAGACUAUGAAAGUUCAGAGGAGGAAGCGAAAGAAAGAGCAAAAAGAGCUGCAGCUGCUGCUAGAAAAUGGAGGGAAUACUCAAGAAAAGGUGUUAGUAAGUCCCCCUCAGUCAAACUUCCAGAGGCAACCUCUACCAAGGACAAGUGA